GGAUUUGGUAUCUUGAAAGAAGCUGGCAUUUGCUAGUGUUCAUGUUCCUUAAACCAAAUCCAACUGGUAAAAUUAUUAAUAAACUAAUCAAUGUUCUCUCUAUAUAUAAUGCAGUUCCUAAUUCAAACCCAAAUCAAUUCUAUCAUAUUCCAUAUCUGUUCCAUAAUCAAUUUUAAUUACGAUUGCAAUGGCGAGGACAUUAGUAUGUUUGGCUGCCACUGCCAUGUUGGUCCAGUUAGCCAUGGCAGCAAAUUACACAGUUGGAGGUGCUAAUGGAGGCUGGGAUUCAAGCACUGACCUGCAAACUUGGGCUGCAUCACAAAAAUUCGCAGUAGGUGAUAAUCUGAUUUUUCAGUAUACUCCGAACCACGAUUUGGUUGAAGUUACAAAGGCGGACUAUGAUUCGUGCCAGACGAGUAGCCCGAUUCGAACUUAUACGGACGGCGACACAGUUGUACCUCUCACUUCCCCAGGGAAACGGUACUUCAUAUGUGGAACGCCUGGACAUUGUAGCGAAGGGAUGCAAAUUGAGAUAGACACAAUAGCAACAUCUCCUACAGACCCACCCUCGGCCUCUCCAGCUCCGGAAACUUCUCCCUCGCCAGCCGAAACUCCGGAAUUGGCUCCGGAAACUUCGCCUUCUUUCCCACCAUCCGUGUAUCCAGCUCCCGAAACUUCUCCCAUGCCAAUGGAAACCCCGGAAAUAGCUCCAGAAACCUCGCCUUCUCUCCCACCAUCCGUGUAUCUGGCCCCCGAAACUUCUCCCUUGCCAACAGAAACCCCGGAAGCAGCUCCUGGCAGUCUAUCUUCUGAUGUCGUUCCUUCAAUCGAAUCGCCUGGAACCUCAUCUUCUCGCAGCGAUCUUUCACAACAACCACUUCCUUCAUCAGCUAACACGAACAGCUUCCGGAUAUGCCUCGGAUUCGGGUUUGGCCUUAUGUUAGUGGUGCUUUUGGCACUCUAAGCCUCAGGAGAUUACUUUCUUUGGAAGUAACCUUCAAGUAAUGUCAUAAGCAGAAAGCGAUGGAAGUUGGGUGUUUGUAGACAGAAUGUGUAGCACAUAAACAAUGUGACCUUCACAGGCAUAACAUAAGGAAGCAUAAGAAGAAUCGAUUGCAGCAGUUGAAACCAAAAAGCAGUGGCAUGUCAGAGAUAAAUUUCUUACCAUAAUAUGAAAGUCACCCAUUCUCAAUUGAAAA